GCACUGACAACAACAACAACGACGCUUACCCACCAGGCGUUCUCGCGGCACCGUCGCCUGGCGACUACAAUUGGUUAGCUCAUCACUACGCGCCGACGACAACAACAAUGGCGGAUGUGGUGUCGGUUGGAGUCAACCUGGACGGGUUCUGUCACGCCAUCAGCGGCAUCCAGGCGCUGCGCUCCAGCGUCAGCCGCGUAUUUGAGUUCUUGAAGGAUGGAAUGAAAAACCGGGACACUCUGGAAGGUCGGGAGAAGCAGUUUAUUGCUGAGUUCCAGGACCAUCUUCAAGCCGUCAACAGGGACCUCAAUGAGCUGGAGCGUCUCAGUGGGCUGGUGGGCCGUCCUUCAGAAUCUCAUCCCCUUCACAACAGCGGCCUCCUGAGUCUGGACCCAGUCCAGGACAAGACUCCCCUCUACUCCCAGCUACUGCAGGCGUACAAGUGGUCCAACAAGCUGCAGUACCAUGCCAGUUUGGCCUCCAGCCUCCUCAACCAGCAGUCGCUCAAGCGAUCAGCCAAUCAAAUGGGAGCAUCAGCCAAGCGACGACCCAAAGUCCAGCCAAGUACACUUGUUCUUCCACCCCAGUACGUCGAUGACGUCAUCUCUCGAAUUGGAAGAAUGUUUCCUGAUAUGAUCAUUGAACUUUUCAGACCCAAUGGAACAUCUGCAGUUUUGCUGGUAACUCUUGGGAAGGUGCUCAAAGCAGUAGUUGUCAUGCGUUCACUCUUCAUUGACCGGACAUUGGUUCGAGGAUUCAACGAGAAUGUUUACAACGAGGAUGGAAAGCUGGACAUUUGGACCAAGUCUCAGUACCAGGUCUUUCAGAAGGUAACAGAUCACGCCACCACUGCUCUUCUGCACUACCAGCUCCCUCAGAUGCCUGAAGUGGUUGUGCGCUCCUUCAUGACGUGGUUACGCAGCUACGUGAAGCUCUUUCAGUCUCCUUGUCAGCGAUGUGGUCGUUACCUGCAGGAUGGUCUUCCUCCAACUUGGAGAGACUUUAGGACCCUGGAGGCUUUUCAUGACACCUGCCGUAUGUGAACUCUGAGUUGAUGUGUGUUUGAGCGUAUGGAUUUUGAAAUCAUGU